AGAAAAAACAAUACCUAGGUACUCUUUGAAUAAACAGAAUUAUAUUUUUACUUAGUCUGAUCCUAAAUUACGUAAAUUCAGCGAGAAAAGAAUAAAUAUACCUCGCAAUAUAUUUUUAUAAUCAUUUAAAUUUUCAAAUAAGCGCGUUUAAAUGAGCGAAAGAUGUCCUGCGCUAAAUGGUAUGCGCGGUCGAUGACCUUAAUUCGUCAUUGAACAACUUAAAAAUCUCCGAGAUCGGCGACAUAAUUUUUAAAAACCUCUUUCGUUAUAAAUAACGCGUAUUUUGUCGCUAAUUUAUCGUGGAAGACUGCCUAGGCAGCUCAAGUUCUUUCGCCUUUUAUAACAGACAAUAGGUGCCCUACAAUGUCGAAUACCUUGCAGUCAGUGAUAGCUCAGACGUUGCCCUUUGAGGAUCAGAAACCAGGAACCAGCGGGUUGCGUAAAAAAGUUCGAGUUUUUAUGCAAAAGAAUUAUACAGAAAAUUUUAUCCAGUGUAUUUUUGAUGCUUUGGGUGACAAACUUAAGGGUUCUACCCUGGUUGUCGGUGGAGAUGGAAGAUAUUUUUCUAAACCGGCUAUAAAUACCAUUAUUAGGAUUGCUUCGGCUAAUGAGGUCAGCAAAUUGAUUAUUGGUCAGCUAGGAAUACUUUCUACGCCCGCUGUAUCUGCCUUAAUUCGUGAACAUAAAGUUUUAGGUGGAAUUGUUCUGACAGCUUCUCAUAAUCCUGGCGGUAUCAGGAACGAUUUCGGUAUUAAAUACAACAUAGAAAAUGGCGGACCUGCCCCUGAUAAUAUAACCAACUCCAUCUAUGAACUUUCUACGAAAAUAACACAAUACAAAACAACUCCUACCUUAGAAACUGAUAGACUUAUAGAUAUUUUGGGAACUAGCAAAUUUAAUGUAGAUGGUAGACAAUUUACAGUAGAGAUUAUUGAUUCCACUACUAAUUACGUAAACCUAAUGAAACAAAUAUUCGAUUUUAAUAAGCUGAGAGCUCUAAUUAGGGGAACAGACCAGAGACCCGCAUUUAACGUCUUAUUGGACUCUAUGAAUGGAGUUACUGGUGUAUAUGUGCGUAACAUUUUCGUCGAGGAACUUGGGGCUUCCCCUGAUAACAACGUUAGGCGCGUAGUACCUCUGGAUAACUUCGGUGAAAUACAUCCAGAUCCUAACUUAACCUACGCGAAAGACUUGGUAGAUAAACUGAAAGAAGAUUCCAAUUAUGAUUUUGGAGCAGCGUUCGAUGGAGACGGCGAUCGUAACAUGAUAUUGGGUAAAAAUGCAUUUUUCGUUACUCCUAGCGAUUCAUUGGCUGUUUUGGCGAAUAACCUGGAAUGUAUACCCUAUUUCAAGAAAAAUGGCGUCAAUGGAUUUGCCAGAUCCAUGCCGACAGCCGCAGCAGUAGACAGGGUUGCUGCAAAAUUAGGAAAAGAGAUAUUUGAGGUUCCCACUGGAUGGAAAUAUUUUGGAAACCUUAUGGACGCUGGUCGUCUAUCGCUUUGCGGCGAAGAAAGUUUUGGUACGGGAUCCGAUCAUAUCCGUGAAAAAGACGGUAUCUGGGCAGUUUUAGCAUGGCUGUCAGUUAUUGAACAUAAACAAAUGGGCGUCGAAGAGAUUUUGAAGGAACACUGGACCCUUUAUGGACGAAAUUACUUUACCAGGUAUGAUUAUGAGGAAUGUGAAACCGAAGGAGCCAAUAAAAUGAUCAAUCGUCUGGAAGGAUUCAUUGCAGAUGGCGGCCUUGUUGGAAAAGCCUAUACUGCUUUAGGAAAAACGUACAAAGUUGCCAAAGCGGAUAAUUUCUCUUAUGUCGACCCAAUUGAUAAUUCUGUAGCUAAAAAUCAGGGUAUUCGCAUACUCUUUGAAGAUGGCUCCAGAUUGAUUUACAGACUCUCAGGAACAGGUAGCAGUGGCGCCACUAUUAGAGUUUAUAUUGAAUGCUACGAGAAAGAGGAUGUUCUUACUGAUGCACAGGUUAUGUUGAAGCCGUUAGUUGAAAUAGGUUUAGAAAUUUCCCAACUUAAGGAGUUUACUGGCAGAAAUCAACCCACAGUCAUUACAUAAAAAAAAACGUCGCAAAUACUCCUCCAAAAAUGUGCACCUUAGGUCUUUGCAAUUUUUACAUAUGUAUAGCAGUUAAAAUGGAUUUUAACAAUAUUCAGUUAACUUGAAAAUCAAUCAGAUGUUCCUUUUUAUAAUGUUUCGCAUUAUCAACAGUUAUUUUCCAAAGUUUUUAUUAUAUUUAAGUGAAUUGUUUUAAUAUAUGUAUGUCUAUAUUGUAUUUGUUACGAUUUGCCUUUACAUUGUUUUAUAAAAAAAAAUAUUUUUUUGUUAA